GCGGACACCCUACCUGCGCCCAGGUGAGCUCCGCCGCGAGUCUCUCGGUGGCUUCGCGCCCGGGAUGAAGGGAGCCCAGGCGGCAUCCAGAGGAGACCGAGCCGGGGCCGCGUUGCCCAUGGAGCCCUUGGAGAACCAGGUGCCCGGGCUGGCGCAGCCGCAGGCCCCCGCGGAGGAGGGACCACUAGGAAGUCCCGAGAGCAGCCCGGCCGCGGCCGUGCAGGAGGCGACCGGCGCGGGCCCGGACCUCUCGGGCGGAAAGAAGCUGCCCUCGCCUCGCCCCGCGCGCCUGCGGGUGCUGCCCGCCAGCCUCGGCUACGGCGCCUUCCGCCGCCAGUUGUCCGCUGCCCCCGAGCCGCCGUCGCCGGGGCCCGCUGCGGCCGAGCAGCCCCGGGACGGCGAGGCGGCCGGAACCGAGCUGGUGCCCAGGGCCGCGCCGGAGGAGCCGGUGCCCGGCAGCUGGGCGCCCAUGGAGCUGCAGGUGGACGUGCUCGUGAAGCCCGUGGGCGCGGCCGGCGGCAGCCGCGCGCCCUCGCCUGCGCCCUCCCGGCGCUUCAUCACCGUCCCCGUGUCCGAGUCCCCCGCCUCCCCCCGCCACGCCGCCCCCGUGUUCCCGCUCCUGCCGCGGACCGCGUCCUCGGGCAGCACGUGGAGCCGCGGCUCGCCACUGGCUGCCGCCCGGGCGGCGCAUGGCCUCGACGCGGAGGGCCAGACCGGCCCCACGGAAGGGGGCGCGGCGUCCCCGGGCUCCCCCACGUGCCGCUGCCGCUGCCAGGAGCUGGGGAGGGAGGACGCCGCGCUGCUGCAGCGCGCCGAGGCGGACGGCGACCUGAAGCUGCACCGGGCUAUCAAGCUCAUAGGGCUGCCCAUGUACAUGAAGUCCCUGCGCUGGGCCCUGGUGGUCAUGGCCAUGCUCCUGGCGGUGUCCACGGUCGCCAUUGUGGCCCUGGCCUCUAGAACAGGGGCCGGGUGCCGGCCGUGUCCCCAUGGCUGGCUGUGGUCUGGGGAGCACUGUUACUACCUCUCUACCGAGGCUCAAGCCUGGGAGGCCAGCCAGGCUUUCUGCUCCGCCCACCGUGCUACCCUCCCCCUGCUGAUCCACACCCAGGACUUCCUGGGCAGAUACCCUGUCACCAAGUACUCCUGGGUGGGGGCCCGGCGAGGCCCCCAGGGCUGGCACUGGAUCGACGGGGACCCCCUGCCACCCCAGCUACUCCCGGAGGAAGACAAGGACCAGCCGGGUCUGAAGUGCGCUGGCCUGGAGGGAGGCAAGCUCGUGGCUUUGGACUGCGCCUCUUCAAGACCCUGGGUCUGUGCCCAGGGGACCAAGUGACUGGGGUUCUGCCCAUUCCGACCCUGUUGGGGGCAUACAGUUGCCCCCAGAGGGGCCUAUUUCCUGGACCCAGGCUCCUGCCGCUCCCUGCUUGGUGCCUGGGGGCCCCGCCUGAGCGAAGUGGGGAGCUGGGCCUCUGUUGCAGGAAGAUCACUCAGGGAAGGCUUUCUGUGGCCCAUCUUCCAUCUUCGCCUCCAGCUGCUGAAGAGGAUUUGUUCAGAGACUUUGAGAUUAUUUUCUUUUUUUGCAUUUCUGAGCCUUGGUCUCUCCCUCAUGAAAAUGGCCAUUACCUAUUCUCUCCUUUACCUGCUUAAUCACAAUGCACCCUUCAGCCUAAGAACGGAAAGGAUUAGUGAUCACAGGUGAGCCCCACCUGAGUGGACACCGAGCCAUGAAAUGAGUGUUCCACUGGUUUGUGGCCAGAGGGCUUGUCAGCAGUGACAUCCUUGCUAUAAAUGCCAUUUCCAGGCGGAGGGGCACACAGCUGACGACUCGUGUCUGCGGGUGAGAAGUGGUGGCCCCCGGAGGAGGACGAGGGAGGUUGCACACUGAUGGCCAAGGCUGGGGCGAUGCAGAGGAGAGGCCACCAUGGUAGGCGAAGUUCCUGCAAAGCAUGGGGUCCAACCGGAGGCUGUACCUGCGUCUAAUCUUGGUGCUGAGCAUUCCACACAACUGUGAUAUAAACCAACUUUCCAAAUUCUCCUGGGAGGAGCCUGUGCUGUCCAUUUAAACCAGUAGCUUGUAUAGAAUGUAUGGGCGCCUGGGAGCAAGAGAUGGCGAGUCCUAAACAGCGCACUUGACAAGCAAUGAAAGUCUUAGAAGCACUGUGGGCUCUCAUUCCAACUGCAAAUUAACCCCAGGGCUUGAUAACAUGUUCGAUUUUUACUCACUUCAAAGCCCUUCUCAGCAGACAUCCUGUGCCUGGUGCAUCAGGCUGGUUCAACAUCAGGAGCCCUGGGGUUCCCCCCAGGUUCAGGGCCGAGUACCAGGGCUUGGGAAUCCCAGGACACAGGUGCCACUUAGAAUCAGCUGCGGAGGUGCCCGGAGUGUGGUGUUGAGGGCUGGAAAUCUGAAAGUUACUUAGCUUCACUUGGUGAAGAGGAGGAAUAAGAGAAUGAGCUUAUUAGGACAUUACUAGUUUCUGUCCAAAGUUGGCAAACCAAGAAAUCAAAAGUUUAAGCUUAUUAGAAAUAUGGAGACAAGCACUAGAAGAAACAGCAAAAAUAACUGUAAAUCAUUGCCUUAAAAUUAAUUGAUGACAGAAGUCAGAAUCGUGGCUCAUAACUGGGAAGAGGAGCCAGUUAACACCCUGGGUGCGGGCAAGAUCUAGAUCAGUGAUGGGCAACCUUUUGAGCUUGGUGUGUCAAACUUCGCCAAAAAACUGAGCAUGACUCAGGUAGUGUGUCACUGAGGAAAAAACAUCAUUUCGCAAAUGUUUCAUCCUCGGCAUGCGGCCGCCUCAGCAGCCGCGUGUCAUCAGAAAUGGCUACGCGUGUCAUAGGUUCGCCAUCACUGGUCUAGAUCUUGAUCUGGGUGGGUUCACUACACCUGCAUAGUAAGUCAUCAAGCUGUUAUGCUUAAGCUUAAAAAGUAAUGUCUGUCUUCAAAGACCAGGAGUAAUAGAUUUUUUUUUUUAGGAAAAUUGGUCACUGGGUACAUAAUUAUUCAGGGGACUAAAUAGAUACCUAGAGACUGUGUUAGAAAUGUAAAAUAAAUGCUGAAGUAAAUGUUACAUAUUAUCAUCACCCGAUCCAUCUUCUUCAAAGAUUCCUUGGCUCCCUGGCUGGUGUGGCUCAGUUGGUUGAGUGUCAUCCAGUGCACCCAAAGUGCCAGUUCUAUUCCUGGUCAGGGCACAUGCCUGCGUUUUGGACUCAAUCCCCAUUCAGGGAUGUGUAGGAGGCAGCUGAUCAAUGUUUUUCUCUCCCUCUCCCUUCCUCUCUAAAAAAUCAAUAAAAACAUUUUUUUUUUUUUUAAAAAAAAAGGUUCCUUAGCAUAUUUCUCCACAUCUUCCCUUAUAUAUUUUGGAACAAUUUCAUGUCUUUUAGUUAAUUUACCAACCCAGCUGAGCUCCAGUUCAGAAGUUUUGUCCUUAACUUCAUCGUGUAGAACUGAUUUUUUAAAAAACACAUCCUAAACUUAGUACUAACUUAAAAUCAUAUUCACAUUUAAAAAAAUACACAAAACUCAUAUUCAUGUACUACUUUGAUAAAGAGAAAUUAGAUUUUUAAAAUAUAUAUUUUAUUGAUUUUUUACAGAGAGGAAGGGAGAAGGAUAGAGUUAGAAACAUUGAUGAGAGAGAAACAUCAAUCAGCUGCAUCCUGCACACCUCCUACUGGGGAUGUGCCCACAACCAAGGUACAUGCCCUUGACCGGAAUCGAACCUGGGACCUUUCAGUCCGCAGGCCAACGCUCUAUCCACUGAGCCAAACCGGUUAGGGCGAGAAAUUAGGUUUUUUAAAAAGGUCCACAAGAUUCUGAUAUGCAGCCAGCUUGAGCACUACUAGCUUCAGAAAACAAUUCCGCUGCUGCCUUUCCCUCCAGCCUGUAAUAACCCAUCACGGAGGCACAUGCUCACAAGUAAGUUUCCGCAUCACCUUCGGAGCAGGUCUUUCCCUUCCUAUGAAACAGAAGCUGGAAAAGUCACACAGCAGGUUGGUCCACAUGGAAUUCCUCUGAGUAAUGUUUCUAGUCUCUUUCCCAUCAGGCUCUGCCAGGUGCUAUUGUUUGACAUUCACGUCUAGUAAUGCUACCACCAGCACUGGCUCGUUCCACAGAGCUUUGGAGACCAGCCUCUAACACCAGCGGGCGCAGCAGCCCCCAAGGAGCAGCUCUGGACAUCUAGUCUGUUGAGCACCUGUGUUAAGGACAUGGAACUCACCAUCCCCCAAGUACUGAGUUUUUGAUUCAGUGGGUCAGGGCCCUCACGUGAGGUUUCUACCCAGCUUUCUUGGUGAUUCUCAUGCAGAGGGGCCAGAAGCCACAUUUUGAGAAACACUGUCUAAAAGAGCCCGUAUCUUGAUACCAGAAAAAAAUAAAGUAU